AUGUGUGUCGGUGGAGUCGUGGCUAAAACCCCUGAUGCGGCGUGGGACUAUUUUGAGGAAUUGGCUGAAAAAAUACAAAAUUGGGAUUGCUCGGACCCCUCUAAAAGAAAUGUGGUUAAUCCGGUUCCGAGCAGUUCCAAAAAAUUUCAAUUGAGUGAGCAAAGCGACCUUGCACAUAAGGUCACUCAGCUCUUUCAUCAAAUUAAAACUCUGCAACUCCAUAAAGUUACCGGUGCUGCCUUUGUGGCCAAGGUGGAGGAAAUUUGUGUUUUGUGUGAAAUUGCAGGUCAUGCUACGGGAGAUUGCCAAAUGCUCCCCGCCGUUAUGGAUAUUUUUCAAGGAACCGGGCGAACGGAAUUCAAUGCCGUUAAUCAACAGCUUGACCCUUAUUCUCAAACUUUCAGCCCGGUGUGGAAAAUGCACCCUAAUUUCCAAUGGAGCAAUCCUCAACCUCCCAGACCGCCACAAGUUCCACCGCCUCAACAACACCAAGCAUUCCGGCCUCCUCAAUCUCAAAGAGCACUGAAGUUCUCUCAACAUCAACAACCUCCGGGGGAAAGCUUCCAACUCAAUCCGCAAGGACAAAAUUAUGUGGCGAGCUCUUCGGUGCUAAGUCUUGAGAAAGCCAAGUCUAUUACAACUUUGCGGAAUGGCAAGGAGGUUGACAAGGCCAUUCCUCCCAAGCUUAUCAAGCCCCUAGUCAAACCAAUUGUCUUACAAGCUUCGGUUCCUCCUAUUGACUCACCAACCUCGGAGCCUUCUCCAGUUGGUGAGCAUCCGAAAUCGUCACAGGUGGAAGAGCCCAAGGCCCCCGUCUCCCAAAUUUUGGCUCCCUUUCCCCAAAGAUUGAAGGCACCGGCCCAUGCCAAUACCAAUGUUGAGAUCUAUGAGCUUUUCAAGCAAGUGAGAAUUAAUAUCCCAUUGGUAGAUGCGGUCAAGCAAAUCCCCACGUAUGCCAAGUUUCUCAAGGACUUAUGCACUCAAAAGCGUAAGUUGAAUGUUCAAAAGAAGGUUUUCUUGACGGAGCAAAUUGAAAAAGCCCUCCUCGAUUUGGGGACUAGUGUGAACUUACUUCCGUAUUCCAUUUAUGAACAACUUGGGUUGGGGGAGAUGAGGCCUACUCCGGUGACACUUCAGUUGGCCGAUAGAAGCAUUUGA